UUCAUGGUCUGUGGUCCGCCGCUGAGGUGACAGAUCACCCGGAUGAGGCUGCAAUGGCGGCGGAGGGGGAGAGGAGUCAGGUGGAAUGUGGCGAGUUCACUCUGGGUGAACUGGACAUAACCUCUGAUGAGUUUAUUCUUGAUGAAGUUGACACACACAUACAAGCCAAUCUCGAGGAUGAGCUCGUGAAGGAAGCAUUGAAGACGGGUGUGGACCUGAGGCACUACUCCAAGCAGGUGGAGACUGAAUUACAAUACAUCGAGCAUGCCUCCAUUAAAGACUACAUCAAGGAGAGUCAGAACAUUGCCAGCCUGCACAACCAGAUCACAGCCUGUGACACUAUCCUAGAGAGAAUGGAGCAGAUGCUCAGCACCUUCCAGAGUGACCUCAGCAGCAUCAGCUGUGAGAUCCAGACUCUGCAGGAGCAGUCCAUCGCUAUGAACAUCAAGCUGAAGAACCGCCAGUCUGUCCGCAGCGAGCUCAGCCAGCUCGUCGACGAGCUCGUAGUGCCGAAUGCCAUGAUCGCCAUCAUCCUGGACACCCCGGUGACGGAGCAGCAGUUUCUGGAACAGCUCCAUGAGCUCAAUAACAAAAUCAAUUAUGUCAAGGAACAGUCCUUCAAGGAGACCUUGGCGUGUUCUGAUGUGCAAGAUAUCCUCGACCGUCUCAAGAUUAAGGCAGUUUCGAAAAUCCGGGAAUUUAUACUCCAGAAGAUCUACUCGUUCCGCAAGCCAAUGACCAACUACCAGGUUCCACAGAAUGCACUGCUGAAGUACAGGUUCUUCUACCAGUUUCUGCUGGCAAAUGAGCGGCAUGUGGCGAAGGAGAUCCGGGAUGAGUACGUCGACACCAUGAGCAAGAUCUACCUAUCCUACUUCAAGUCGUACAGCAGCCGCCUGAUGAAAGUGCAGUACGAGGAGGUUGCUGAUAAGGAUGAUCUGAUGGGGGUGGAGGACACAGCAAAGAAAGGCUUUUUCUCCAAGCCAUCACUGAAAAACCGCAACACUAUUUUUACCUUGGGAAACCGAGGUAACGUGAUCGUGCCAUCGGAACUGGAAGCGCCGAUCAUAGUGCCCCAUGCAGCACAGAAGAACGAUACUCGGUAUCCCUUUGAGAGUCUGUUCCGCAGUCAGCAUUAUGCUCUCCUCGAUAACAGCUGCCGGGAAUACCUAUUCCUCUGCGAUUUCUUCAUGGUGACUGGAAACUCUGCUCAGGACCUCUUCAAUGCCGUCAUGGGGAAGACUCUCACCAUGUUCUUGAAACACAUGGAUACCUAUGUUGCUGAUAGCUUUGACAGUAUUGCUAUCUUCCUGUGCAUCCACAUCAUCCUCCGCUUCAAGACCAUCAUGGCAAAGCGAAACGUCCCUGCUGUCGAUAAGUACUGGGAUACCCUACUGGAAAUACUCUGGCCAAGGUUUGAAUACAUCCUGGAGCUGAACAUUCAGAGCAUUCGUAACACGGACCCACAGAGACUCGGUGCCCUCGACACCCGCCCACACUAUGUCACCAGGCGGUACGCAGAGUUCUCCUCGGCGAUCGUCAGCAUCAAUGAAACUUACCCCAACGAGAAGACGCAUAAUCUACUCGCACAGCUUCAGGUGGAGGUAGAGAACUUUGUGCUGCGGAUGGCCGCGGAGUUCGCUUCUCGGAAGGAGCAGCUGAUCUUCCUCAUUAACAACUAUGACAUGAUGCUGGGCGUCUUAAUGGAGCGGGCAGCUGAUGACAGCAAGGAGGUGGAGAGUUUCCAGCAGCUUCUGGGUGCCCGAACUCAGGAGUUCAUUGAGGAGAUACUUUCGCCGCCGUUCGGAGGAAUGAUUGCAUUUGUGAAAGAGGCGGAGAGCCUCAUGGAGAAAGGUCAGGCGGACAAGCUGAAAAGUGAGGAGGGACGUGUGGUGCAGCUGGUUCGGGGGUUUGCCGCGACCUGGAAGCAAUCAGUAGAAGCCCUGAGCCAGGACGUGAUGAGGUCCUUCACCAAUUUCCGCAAUGGCACGGGCAUCAUACAGGGUGCGCUGACCCAGCUGAUCCAGUAUUAUCACCGAUUCCACCGGGUGCUGUCACAACCACCCCUCCGCAGCCUGGCCGUCCGCUCCGAGCUCAUCAACAUUCACCACCUCAUGGUGGAAGUGAAAAAACACAAACCUAAUUUCUGAUCCUC